AUGGCCAGCAGCCUCUACGACUCCGACGAGGAGUACCGAAUCCACGUCGCCCGCCGCCAGUCGCCCCCCAACGUGCGUUACGUGCCAGGCCCUCCCGUGCGGGGAGUCCAGUAUGGCAGCGGGACCAACUAUCUUGGCUCCGAGCCUCGCGCCACGACCCUCGCCAGGCCGCCCUCGCGCCCUCGAUCGCCGCCUCGCCUGAGCCGCGAGAGCCCUCGAGACAGCCGGGCCGCCGUGGGCGCCGCCGUGGCCUCUGCGUCCACCGCUGCUGCUGCUGCCCCGCCUCCGCCGCCCGCGGCCCCGGCCCCCAUCGUCAUCAACAACCGAAUCUACAAUGAGCAUUCUUCCGACGAGGACCUGAGCGACGAGGGCCCUCGCCGCAGCCGCCGCAAUGUCUACCGCCGAUCGUCCCGCUCCCGCUCCCGCACCCGCUCGUCCUCGUCCUCGUCAUCCCGUCGUGAGUCGUCGCGCGUGGCGUGGGAGGCUGAGGUUGCACGCCGUCAGCUCGAGGAGAUGCGCCUCCGGGAAGAGCGCUCAAAGGACGAGCGUCGGCUCGAGAGGGAAUACCGCGAUGAAGCCGAGCUCCGCAUUGCCAGGCAGCGGCUUGACGACUUGCAGAAGCGUGGCGCCGAGGCAGAGGUGGAGAAGCGCAUCGUCAAGGAGCUCGAGUAUAAGCGCAUGAAGGAAGAAGGCGCUGCCGAGGAAGCCGCCGAGGAACGACGGCGGCUGGAGAAGGAAUUCCGCGAGCAAGCCGAGCUUCGCUUUACGCAGAGGCAGCUCGAGGAGAUGAAGAAGCGUGAUGCCGAAAAGGACGUGGAGAAGCGCCUCUCUUUGCAACUCGAGUACAAGCGUCUGAAGGACGCGGGGGCUGCCGAAGAGGCCGCCGAGGAGAGGAGGCGCCUCGAGAAGGAAUACCGCGAGGAAGCCGAGCAUCGCGCCACCCAGCGACAGCUUGAAGAACUGAGGAAGCGCGAGUCCGAGAAGGACGUGGAGAAGCGCAUCGCCAUGCAGCUCGAGUUCCAGCGCCUCAAGGAGGAAGACGCCGCCUUUGAAGCCGCCGAAGAGAGGAGGCGGCUCGAAAAAGAGUACCAAGACGAUGCGGAGCUUCGGUUCGCCCAGCGACAGCUGGAGCUCGUCAAGAAGCGCGAGGCCGAUGCGGAGGCCGAGAAGCGCCUGAUGAGGGAGCUCGAGUACAAGCGCCUCAAGGAAGAGCAGGAGGCCGCCGAGGAGAAGCGCCGGCUCGACAAGGAGUACCGCGACGAGUGGGAGCUCCGCCACGCCAAGCAGCAGCUCGAGGGCAUCAAGAAGCGCGAGACCGAGGCCGAGCUGGAGAAGCGCCUCAUGAAGGAGCUGGAGCUCAAGCGUCUCAAGGAGGAGCAGGAGGCGGCCGAGGAGAGGCGCCGUCGCGAAAAAGAGGCCCACGAGGCCGUCGAGAGGUACAAGAAGGCCGAGGCCGACCGCAUCGCCCAGGAGCAGAAGCGCAAGGAGGAGAACGACAGGGAGUACCGUCGCCGCCUGCACGACGACCUCGUCAAGUCGGGCCUCGACGAGCAGGCCAUUGAGGCUAUCCUCAACAACAAGAGGGUCGCGCCCACGCCGCCGGCCCCGGCUCCGGGUCUGCCUCCGGCUCUUCCCCCGCCUCAACAACUUCCAGGUCAGCAUCCGGCUCUGCCUCCGAGCCAAUACCCGACUCUGGCUCUGCCGGCGCCGCCACCGGAGCAGCAUCCCGUCGAGCGCCCGACGUACACGCGCAUGUCGCGCAAGUACCUGUCGCUCGAAACGCUGCGGACGUUUAGCAUCGACUUUGAAUACGAUAAUGACCCCGACUAUAUCCUCAUCAAGCGCUGGGUCCCCGAAUGGGAGCAGGACCAGUUCUGGCGGCACACGGAGCUCAUCCGCGAGAAGCGCGGCAAGCUGCUCAUGGUCGAGGACAAGAAGCACCACCACCACCGCGGCAGCAGCGAGACGGAGCUCGAGUUUGUCCGCAAGAAGCACGACCGCAAGAGGAGCAAGUCGCCCGCGCUGCUCAUGUACCUGGCCGGCGCUCGCCCCUCGUAA